AUGUUUUAUCUUUUAAAACUUUAUUUAUUUCUUCUCCCAUUUUUUGUUCACCAUUGCUCAGCCGAUGUAAUUGGUUGUGAGGGUUUCGUAAAACUAUUUACUUCCCAAGGAAAUUUAAAAUAUGAGGCAGAAUGUAAUCCGCAAAAUGGAUAUUUUCUAAUUCCAAUUUACAAUAAAGGAAAAUAUUUGGUUAAAAUUAUUGCCCCUGAUGGAUAUAUUUUUGAACCAAAAUUUUAUGAAAUUGAAAUUGGCAGCAACGGGGGAUGUUCUGAGGAAUUAAAUUUUAAUUUGGCUGGACUUAAAAUUUCUGGCAGAAUUUUAAAUGGGGAAGAUUCUUCUUUGGUUUUGGGUCUUUUUAAACAAGAAAAUGGAGAAUUAGUUGAGAAGACUAUUGUCGAUAAAGAUGGAAAUUAUAAUUUUGUUACUUGGCCAGGAAAAUAUGUUAUUUCACCCUUCAGUGGUUCUACAAAAUGUUUAAGCCAAGGCAGCAUUAAAAUUGAGGUUGGAACAACGCCAUUUAUAAUAAAGCCUGACUUGCGAAUUGAGGGUUAUAGUUUAGAAGUUAAUGUUGUGGACGAAAAAGGAGAUCCAUUUUUAUCGACAAAUGUUGUUUUACAAUCAGACAAUCAAAUUAAGUUUGAAAAUCUUCCUUUGAGUGCUGAACAACCGAUUACCAUUAAUGAAGGUCAAAAAUGGUUCUAUAAAUUUAAUACCAAUUCUUCCGGCUCUACUUUAAUUAAUUGUUUGCCUCCAGGAAAAUACAUUAUUAAUGCUGGACAAAAAGUCUUAAAUUUUGGUGAAGCUAAUUUCCAAGAGGAAUCUGUUGAAAUGAAUUCUAAAACGACGAAGGUCACAAUAUCAGUUAAAUCUUUUAACCUUAAUGGUAUUGUAUUUACUGCCAAACAAGCACCUUUGCAAAAUGUAACAAUUAAAUUGGAUGGGGAAUUUAAUACAAUAUCUGACGAAAAAGGAAAAUUUGUUUUGGCAAAUGUUUCUCCUGGAAAGCAUGUUUUGGCUGUGGAAAAAGAACAUUUUGAAUUUAAUGAAUUAAAUUUUGAUGUUUCUUCAAAAACAAAAAAAUUAAUUAAAUUCUUUCCAAACAGAAUAGCAGUUUGUGGACAAAUUUUGUCUGCCGAUGAACUAGAAAAAAUUUCUUUUAAAGUUUAUUCCCUCGAUGAAAAUAUUUUUAUUGAUGGUGUUGUAACAAAUUUUGAAGGGAAAUUUUGUAAGAUGCUUACACCAGGAAAAUAUACAAUUACGCCAAUUUCUAAAUUGCUUCUUUCACCAAGUAAAGUGGAAAUUGAUUUAAAAGAAGAGCCGAUUCUCGAAUUAAAAUUUACUCAACACAAAUCAAAAAUUAGUGGAACAAUCAAUUGUUUUAAAAAAUGUGGAAAAAUUUCAAUAAAACUUUUUGAUGAACAGGGAGAAAUUGUGGAUGAAUUUGUUGAUACAAAAGGGGAAUAUUAUUUUAGUGACGUGCUACCAUCAAAAUAUACAGUAAAAAUCUUUGACGAACAAAACUUUUUGUGGGUUGAAAGUGAAAAGAAUAUAAUUGUUGAAGGUGAUGAUAUUAUAGGGUUAGACUUUAUACAAAAAGGUUAUUUCUUGGAAAUUAAAUCAUCAAAAUCAGCACUUUUGAAAUAUUGGCCUGAUACAAAAGAAAGCCCAAAAAAUGAAGAAUUUCAAUUAAAAGAAGGGGAAAAUAAAAUUUAUUUUAAAGAAGAAAAUAAAUAUUAUUUUUCAAUUGAAUCUUGCCAUGAAUUUAGAAUUGAAGGGAUUGAUGAACAACAAAAAUAUUUUAAUAUUCCUUCAAAUAUUCCUUUAAUAUUAACUGCUGUAAGUUCUUCUGUUUCUACUUUUGUUCAAACUGAUGUUGAAGAUAAUACUCUUGAAAUGAAUUUAAGAGAGAAACCAACCAAUGAAGAACAAAGUCUUCAAAAAGUUUAUUCAACAAAUAAAGGCAAAAUGUUUCUCUUUUCAUUAAAUAAUUCUAAAAUUGGAAAUAAAUAUCAAUUUAUGCCAAAAUCUAAUAAACUUUUGUUUAUGCCAAAAUUGGUGGAUUUUGAAUUUAAUGGGGAAUGUGAGGGUGUAGUAGCUUCAUUUAAUAGCCAAAUUGGGAAAUUUAUUAAAGGAAAAGUGGAACCUUUAGUUGAAAAUGCUUUUGUGAAAGCAAUACAUAAAACAGAUGAAAGUGAUGUGUUGACAACUAAUACAGACAAUAAAGGAUUGUUUAGUAUUGGACCUGUUUGGAAAGAAGAAGAUUUUUCUAUUGAAAUAAUCAAGGAAGGCUUUAUUUUUGCUAAAAUGCCUGACUAUCCCAACAGCUUUACUUCAAUUAAAUUAACACAACUUCGAAUACAAUUUUUGGAAGAAAAGACAAAUAAACCUCUUUCUGAUAUUUUAGUUUCGAUUAGUGGAGGAUCAAAUUUUCGUUCAAAUAAUAUUACAAACGAAACUGGACUUUUGAAAUUUAUUGGAUUGAUGCCUGGAUCUUAUUUUAUUCGUCCAAUUUUACAAGAAUAUAAAUUUAAUUCGAGUUCUUUUUCUUUUCAAAUAAAUGAAGGAGAAGAAAAAGAAUUAAUUUUGGAAGCAAAAAGAAUUGCUUACAGUGCUUUUGGAAAAGUUUCAACAAUUGGAAGUAGACAAUUUAAAUUUCCAAUUCGUGUUGAGGCUAUUUCUGUUGGAUGUGAAAAUCAUCAGGAAGAAGAUUUGAUAGAUCAACGUUCUGGUGAUUUUCGAAUUAAAGGACUUAAACCUCAAUGCAAUUAUCAAAUUUCUUUAAAAAAUUCUGAAGGAGGUGAUAGUAUUCCUGCCUUUCCUUCUUUCUUUAAUUUCAUUGUUGGAACAGAAAAUAAAAAUGAUAUAAAUUUUUCAAUUUUACCUUCUGACCGUCCAUCUCCAAUAGUUAUUGGAGAAAUUGAAAUUGAGCAAACAAAAAAUUCUAAUGGAUUUAGAGUUGUUUUAUUAGAAGAUAAUAAUGCAAUUAAUGAACAAUUAAUUAAAAGUCAUUCUUCUUUAUUUGUUUUUAAUCUUCCUAAUUAUAAACGGGUAUUUUUUUUAAUUAAUUUUUUUAAACUUUUUAAAGGAAUAUUCAAUUAUUGUUGA